AACUCAGCAGGCAGAAAGAAAGCAGGGCCGCGGAAUCAAACCCGGGGAUUGUGCAAACCAAUAAGUUCGGGGAUAAUAAAGAAAAGACGGAAGGGAUCGCGUGUCAUUUCUUCCGGGAUCUUGCAACAGAAGCAAGCUGCGAAAGCCAGAGCCGGGGGAAACCGUGCGCUUUUACCCGGGACACCAUGCAACAGAGCCCCGGGCCUACCGUGUUCGUCACUACGAGACCUCUUCAGAAUGGCCAUACAGGAAUAGAUCUGUCAGUCCCAGAGUAUCAAGAAAUACGAGGAAAGAUGAUGUCUGGGCAUGUGGAAUAUAAUAUUUUAGUAGUUACUCAACUGGCUGUGUUCAAAUCUGCCAAGCACAAAUCCGAAGACAACGUUCAGUUUAUGGUUUCUAAGAAGUACAGUGAUAUUGAUGAGUUUUAUCAAAAACUUGUCACACGUUACCCGCAAACCUCUCUACCACCUUUGCCAAGAAAAGUGCUUUUUGUUGGAGAAUCUGAUAUUCGAGAACGAAGAGCUGCCUUCAAUGAGAUUAUGGGGUUGAUUUCUAAAGAUGUGGCUCUCGCAUCAAGCCCCGAGUUACUGGAAUUUCUGGGAACCAGAUCCACUAGUGUCAUUGAUGUCAAGAGUAAAAACCUUCCCAAGAAGGAAGAAGAGGAUGAUGAAACCGAAGACUUUGAUUUUUUCAAAGAGGAAAAAAUACCUGAUGUCAUUUCUCAGUUCAGUUCAUUUAAAAGCCAGGAGGCCGAAAAGGAAACAGAAGAGGAAGAGAGUGAUGUGGAUCCACUUGGUGUCCUCAAAUCUAAAAAACUCAAGAAGCCCACAUUCUCUCCUGCUCAAGAAGAUAAAACCAAGUUAACAAUUUUUCAUGGAGAAGUGGAUCCAGGAGAAGAACUAUUUGGCACGUCUGAAGAUUUUUCAUCCCCUAGCAACAGGAAGAUAUUGGCAGUCAAAGAAGACGUGAAAUUAUUUGAAGGACCAGAUCUUGGUGGAGUGGUAACUCUCGGAGAUCCACUGCUGUUGAUGACAGCCAGUGAAGACAAAGAACCUCUGUUAAAUGUUAGUCCUGCUGAGGACUUGGAGGAACUAUUGAGAGUGGAAGAUGAUUUUGAAAAAAUGUUGCAGGUGAGCUCUAAGCCCAAGCUUAAACCCAAACCCAACGUGGCCUCUAAGCCAGCAAUACCUAGGAAGCCGGUGAUACCUGAGAAAAAAUUCUCAUCUUUUCCAACCCGAACAGGACAGCCAGCGGAAAAGAAGAUCCAAAGCAUGGAUGAGAUGGACAUUCUCAAAUACAUUAAGGAAAACGAAUCCAUCAGCGGUGCAGAGCCGAGCCUUUUCUGAAGCAUUUUCUGCGCGUGGACUUUCCAACAGGAAGAAUUUCCACCUGCCACUUGGGUCCUGGAUGUCUAGCAUACCUUGGACCCGUGUCCUUGGUUGCCCUUUUGAUUGGUCCUUUAGUUCCAUUGUUUUUUAAACAAUGGAACUUGAUAUUGGGGUUAGAAUUCUGCAAAAAGUUAAUGAAGUUUUUGACACAGAGCCACGAUGUUUUAAUUAACAAUGCCUUGUUUUAAAAAAUGUUAAAGGAACAGAGCCGAUAAAAAGAAUGUUGCUAACCUUUGUGCCAAAUGGAUUAUUUGGCUUGAAAAGUAUCGGAGGUCAAAAUUAAUAAAAGGAACUAACAUGGUUGGAUUAAAUAUUGACACUAGGUUGACGUUGUUGUUGAAUAGAAGUUGUUUAUUUCCAAAUGGUUUUCAAAACUUCUUGGAAAAAUAUCACUGAAGUGCAAGAAACAUGCAUAAAAGCAUUUUUCAGAGUCAUAUUUCUCCUUUAAGGGUUAUAAUGCAUUGAGUCUAGAUCCUUGGGAGACUGCCUAAGUGCUUUCUGAACAAAUAGCCUUAUUUGUCUCUCAAUUUUCUGAUCAGAUGGUAGGUUUUUGUGGUACGCUGGAGUCAGCUUGAAAUGUCUACAGAACAUGGCAGGGAAAGCGUCUGCAAAAGAUUCCAGAAUAAUGAUGUGAAUGAUGGCUAUUUUUAAUAUCUUUGUAAUUUGGGGAUAGUCUCAUCAUCAACAUUAAGAAGGGUGCUUCUUUUUGAUGUUAAAGACUCGCAUCUUGCAUUAUUGUUCGGUGGGAAGAAAAAUAUAGUUUGUUAGGUGCCAAGCCCCCCGAUGCUUCUGGCAGGAUUAGGAAAAUGAACAGCAACACCUCAGUUUUGAUAGUUGAAUUAUAUAUGAUAGUUGAAUUGGAUAAGAGCUAAUUAAUUAUUUGACAGCAUACUCUUGUUAUAUGAACAUCCUGUGUUUUUCACUCAGGUGACCCAGUCCCGACAAAGUGAAUUAAGCCAUAAUACCAAAUAUUUGAUGACUCGUUAAACUGUCUGGCUUGCUUUCUGAAUCUAGAACUGAGUGAAUGCAAAAAAGCAAUUAAAGCACUUUAAAAUAUGUACAUGUUUAAUGCAUAAUGUUCCAUUUAUAAUUACAUAAUGCUUUAUUUUAAAUAAAAAAAUGAUUAAGCACUACUAAUACAGUAUUAAACGUUUCCCUUGAGGAGUAAAUAACAAACAUGACUGGAACAAAAUAUAAGGUGGUGCAAUAAAAUAACAGAGAAGUUAGUUGUACAGGAUGGGUACCAUUUGUUAUCUUUCCUCAUCUGCAAUCAGAAUGGACAAUUCUCUCCUGUUGAAAGUCCUUGUUGUAAGGGGCAAUUAAUCGAAGAGGAGAGAAAUGCGCAGUAAAAGUGUGGCCCCAACCCAUUUUCCUUCUCUUCUUCAUUCCUUUUUCUAUUUUAAACAUCCCUUUCUUCCAUGCCAACUGUAACCAACUCUUCUCAAAGGUCUACAUUCAUCAUUUUUCAAGUAUUUUUGACAUUGAUUCUAAGAGGGCUGUAUAACAUCAAAUCUAUUCUAAACAGAAUGGUAUCCUUAAAACAAUUCCUAAUUUAGAAAUGUUAUAUUACAUGCAGUACAGUACUAGACAAGGGGUACCAUGAAUAUGUUGAUGUAGUUUUUCUGAAUAUAACUGGGUUAAUGCUGAGAAACAUCUUGACUGCAGUUGAGUUAUGGUCAGUUGGGGAAGCAACCUGCAAGAUGAUAAAGAAGACAAGUGGCUAUAGAUAAGAGAGAGAGAGCUGAGAGAGGUCUGGUGGGUUUGGCUGUGCCAAAAAUGAGGCUUACCUGUUUCUCUGGCCCUAUGCUAUUGCCUGUUCUCCUGUCAGAUGGGAAGAGUCAAAAUCAGACCAAAUCACAGAUAAAUGAUCCAAUAAAAAUACAGAAUCAAAACUAGAAAUGGUUGGUUGCACAAGCAUUGUAGAAUGUGACAGUAUAGUUGGAUUUGAUCUGCCUGUGAUAAUCUUGCAAAACACUUGAUAUCCUGGAGAAUCUUCAAAAUUAUGUUUUUCAACAGGAUAUCUGAUUCAUAUGUUUUAUGUCAUUAUAUCAAAAUGCCAAAUAGAAUUCCACAGAUUUGUCUCUAGUUUACUUUGGUGACUUGACGAUCACCAUACAAUUGUUUUUAAUUUUUUCUAUAUUUCCUUGUAGUUUCUACUGAAGGCUUUUAAUUUUAAAAUAAUUAUUUACUUUCGGGAUACAACGUAUGGUAUUUUGCCCUAAAUAUUUCAUUGGAAAUGUAUUUUACAUAAUAAAGUAUAUUUCUGUGCUAUAUUUUACCUUUGAGAGAUGAGAUGGAAUAAAUGCACAAUA